CUGUGGUUCACUCCUCACUGGACUUUUGACAUAGGCAUUGAGGAGAUAAGGCAAUGGAUCAGAGGAGUGAGGUAGUGAUAUCUGGCAUCUCAGGGCGAUACCCAGGAGCUAAUAACACAGAAGAACUAUGGAAGAUAUUGGUUGAAGGUCAAAAUGUGAUAUCGUAUGAUGCGGAAGAAAAACAAAGUAUCUUAAAUAUAACAAGAUACUCAGGAAAACUGCCUGGUAAAAAAAGUUUCGACCACACACACUUCGGAAUACACACUAGGCUUGCUGAGAAGAUGGACAUUAAUACCUGCGUUAUUCUGGAAACUGCAUUUACAGCCAUUUGUGAUUCAGGAGUAAAUCCUUAUGAUUUAUCUGGUAAAGAAAUCAUGGUUGCUGUUGGAUCAGGUCCAUCAAAAUACGAUCUUAUUUACUCUGUUGAAAAGGCUAAUAAUGGUUUUAGCAUUGUUGGAGGAAGUCAAUGUAUGAUGGCUAACAGAUUGUCUCAUACUUUAAACCUUAAAGGUCCAAGUUACAACAUUGAUGGUUCUUGGAAUGGAAUGUUACAAGGAUUAAGAUAUGCCUAUUCACUUGUAUCCAGUGGCAUGGCUGAAGCUGCUAUUGUUGGUUGUGCAAAUGUAGAAAAGUUAGAUGAAUGCUCUUUUCACUACCAACAAAUGGGACGUAUUAAUGAUGAUGGAAAAACAAAAUGUUUCUCUGAUGAUGCUGAUGGAUAUACCAGAUCAGAAGGUUGUGUUGUAUUUUUCGUACAAAGAAAACAAGAUGCCCAACGAAUUUAUGGAACUGUCUUAGACAUUACAAUUGGAGAUUGUUACAAUAAAAAUCUUCCCCCUGCCGAUUUAGAUGCAGAGAAUGUUGAAAAAGUGUUAAGAAAGUCUUAUGAUAAAGCUCCAAAUCUUGUAAAAGAAUUGUCAUACAUAGAAUGUUCUGGAGAAGCAAUGAAAUAUUGGGAUAAAGUUGAACUGAACAAAAUAUCAAAUGUCUUGCUGAAAGGAAGAGAUAAACCUCUACUAAUUGGAUCAAUCAAAUCUAAUGUGGGCCACUGUGAAGACGCAGCUGGUGGUGUAGCUCUAGUUAAGGCAUUGUAUACUUUUGACAAAGGAGUCAUACCUCCAAACCUGCACUAUUCAACAUCUAAUAAUGAUGUCCCAGCUCUCAAGAGUGGAGCGAUGAAGGUGGUUACAGAGCCUACCAAACUGGAGGGAGAUGUUAUUGGAGUUAACACAUAUUCAGCAUAUGGAUCAAUGUCUCAUGUUAUUAUUAAAAGGAAUCCAAAAGCCAAAAAAAGGGAACCCAAAGUAGGAGUUUUGCCGGAUGGUCUCCCCAGACUUUUCGUUGCUUCAGCUAGAAACGAAGAAGGCAUUAAACAUAUUUUAAAAACAGUACAAGAGAUGCCUAUUGAUGAAGAAUUUAUAGCAUUGGGUCACAGAUUGUUUCGAAAUGUAAUUAGACCACAUCCAUUUCGUUGUUACACAAUAUUGAAUGACAAAGGCGAAGUAAUUAAUGAAAUGAAGGAAUAUAACAUGCAUAAAAGACCUAUUUGGUAUGUAUUUUCUGGAAUGGGUUCUCAAUGGACUGGUAUGGGUGCAAAACUUAUGGAAAUUCCCAUCUUUGCCAAUGCAAUUCAUAAAUGCCAUGAAAUACUCAAACCAUUGGGCAUAAACCUCAUUGAUGUAAUAACAACUACUGAUCCAUCAGUUUUUGACAAUAUAUUAAAUUCAUUUGUGGGAAUUGCUGCAGUUCAAAUUGGUCUGGUAGACAUAUUAAAUGAAAUUGGAUUAGUACCUGAUGGAAUUUUAGGACAUUCAGUUGGAGAAUUAGGAUGUGCAUAUGCUGAUGGAUGUUUCACUGCAGAACAAAUGAUUUUGGCAGCUUAUGCUCGUGGAAAGGCCUCACUGGACGCAGAGCUGAUUCCUGGAAUGAUGGCUGCUGUUGGUAUGGGCUAUAAUGAUAUAAAAGAUUGUUUACCUGAAGGAAUUGAUGUGGCCUGUCGAAAUUCAGCAAUAAGUUGCACUUUGUCUGGACCUACUUCAUUAAUGGAGGAAUAUGUUUCUUCUAUUAAAGAAAAAGGAGUAUUUGCUAAGUUGGUGAAUGCUUCUAAUAUAGCCUACCACAGCAGAUAUAUUCAACCGGCUGCUCCAUCUCUUCUGGAAAGUUUGAAAAAGGUCAUACCUGAGCCUAAGAAGAGGUCAUCAAAAUGGAUAUCUACUUCGGUUCCCAAAAAAGAUUGGGAAACUGAAGCAGCAAUGUACAGUUCAGCAGAAUAUCACACAAAUAACCUUCUUGGUAGUGUCUUAUUUGAAGAAGCUUCAGAAUAUGUGCCAAAGGAUGCUAUUGUGGUUGAAAUAGCUCCUCAUGGAUUGUUACAAGCUAUAAUAAAAAAAUCUAUGCCAGAUGCAAUACAUGUUCCUCUAACACAUCGAGCACAACCAGAUGGUGUAAUUUACCUGCUGUCUGCCCUUGGAAAGUUAUAUCUAGAAGGAGUUGUUUUGGAGAUUGAUAAGUUAUAUCCACCUGUUGAAUUUCCUGUUUCUCGCGGGACUGCAUCUUUUGAGCCUUUCAUUUUUUGGAAUUACGGUCUUGCUGUGAGCAACACAUUAGCACCUAGCAUAGCUUAUUCAAAGAACAUCAAUAUUGAAUUUACUAGUGAAAAGUACUCGUACCUCAAAGAAUGUACUGUAAAUGGCCAACCCUACAUUCCACCUUCAAUUUACUUGGAUUUAGUAAUAGAUCAUUAUAAAUCUCUGAAUGAAACUAAGGAGCCAAUUGUUAUAGAAGAUUUUAAAGUGUUAUGCAAUCCAAAUGUAACUGAUGGUGUUUGCCAAUUAUAUCUUUGCCUGCAAAACGGAUGUGGUGAUUGGGAAUUAUGUCAAGAUUCAGUGGAAGUAUCACAUGGAGGAAAAAUGCGUUGGAUUAAAAAUAUGCCAACAAACAGACAACUUUCUGUGGAUGGCACCAUUGUUUCCAAAGAUGAAAUUUACAGUUACCUUUCUAGCAAAGGAGUAGAAAUCGGAACAUCUUGUCAACUUAUCCAGUCAUUGACAGUGUCUGAUAAAGGAAGUUCUGCAAAAAUACUCUGGAAUGGCAAGUGGACUACAUUUAUGGACAGUAUUAUGUUGUUAUGUUCUAUAUUGGAAGCAGAUGACAAAUCCAAGCUGAAAUUAUUCUACAAGCUUCAACGUAUUUCAAUAGACUAUGAUAAUCUUAAUUUUGAGCUGAACAAAGAAAUCACUGUGUCAUUUGAAAAACAUUCUGGCUUAAUAUAUUGUGAUGGAUUGGAAAUUUUAUACCCUGAGUUGAAACGUUCCAAUGUCCCAAAAAGGCUUUCAAAGGAUAUAGUCUGUAGCACAUUAAAAACCAUACCAUAUUUAUCACUGAACACUACUGAGACGGACUCAAUAUUCGAUUAUAGCUUAGAGGUAUUGGUACAAAAUAUGAAGAAAGCUGUCUCAGUUCCAAAGAUAUAUAUUAUUGAAGUUAACGUAGGAACGGAUUUACAUAAUCGAAUUCUUCAUGCUGUUGAGAAAAAAAAUGGUAUUAAGGUUGAGAUCUUGAAAGUAGGAGGAGCUGAAAAUUUAAAUGAAUGUGGUUCGGAAGAUGAAUACUUCUCCGUCCUGAUCAUAAAUGCUUCAAAAGAACUAAAUAAUCCUGUAAAAAUUUUAAAGCAGGUCGAACAUGGUUAUCUUCUAUUAUUAAACCAAACUCCACCUCCAUCGCUUGUCCCAGUACUAGAACAAAAGAACGCCUCUAAUUCAUUUUAUUUGUGCAAAUUGAAUUCAGAUUUUACUGUGACACCAAAUUUUGUUCUACUCUCGGACCCAUCUUGGAGAAGAACUUUAGAAAUAAAAUUGUCACAGGAUGACAACAUUGUUUAUUUAGUCGGUACAUCAGUGUCCUUAGCAACUAUCCACAAACUUGUUGCAGAUAGUGAAAGAAUGCCUAAUUCUUCCCGUAUAAGAUAUGUGUUUUUUGACAAAGAAACAUUUGAUCUCUCUAAGCAUGAAAGUCAGCUAGCUAAAGAUCUGAAGAUUAACAUUCAUCUCAAUGGACAUUGGUGUACGUAUGGAUGGAAUUCAGGCAUUAUCAAUACAGACCAUAAAAAGACAGAGUCAGACAUUUUCCCAUUUUCUAAUUUAAGAUGUCCAGGAACCAGUUUAAAUACAAUAGGAAUUAAUCUGGCUGAUGUUUGUGGAGUCGAUAAGAAGAUCGGAGUCAUGGAAUAUGUAGGUGAAAAGGAUGGAAGAAAAGUGUGCGGCUUAGCAACAUUGUCAGAUAAAACAAAAACUCUUCUUCCUGAUAAUCAACUUUCUUGGCCCAAACCGAAAAAUUGGAGUGAUAGCGAGAUUGCUUCAGUUCUGUUACCUUAUACAAUGGCCUAUUACAUUUUAAAAGUCGAUAACAAAAUGGUUGAUCAAAAAUCAAUUUAUGUGACUGAAGCUGUACAUCCUCUCUCUCAAGCUAUUAUUAGAACUGCAUUAAAAAGUAAAAUGAAUGUAUUUACUACUUAUGAUAAUUCAAAGGAGAAGGAUUGGAUCAAACAAACCUUUCCCCAGAUUCCUGAAGAUAAUCUUAUUAAUAUUAAUAACAAGCAGGUUGAUGUAAUGAUGAAAAUAAAAUUUGGAGGGGAAGGUUUUCCAAUAGUAGUGAAUACAUCAUCUGAUCCUUGUAUGGUUGAAAAAUGUCUAGGGCUUAUUGCCUUUGCUGGAAAAUGUUACCAAAUCAGCUUAUCUCCAUUGAAAACAGAUGAAAAAAUAGGUAUGUUUAUAUUUCUUAGACAAAAUACUAUGACCGGCUUAAGCCCAGAAUCACUAUUGCAGAUAAGCGAAGAAGAAAAGGAACAAUUGAGGCACUUUGUGGCUCAAGGUUUUCAGUCAGGAGAGAUAAAACCUUUACCAUCAAAACAAUUGACCAACAAACACUUGAAUAUUGAUGCCAUAUCUCUCCUCAGGGAAAAAAAAUCAUUACCUACGAAAUUGAUAGUUAACAUGGAAAAGAAACUCCCUGCAAAUAUACUUUCCUCAUAUUUCACAGCUUCUCCUGAUAAUAGUUACCUUAUCAUAGGAGAUACAAUGAAUAUGUGGAUCCAGGUUUGUGAGUGGCUCACCAAAAGAGGAGCUCAGAACAUUUAUCUAGUCUUAAGGAAGCAUUCAUUUACCAGUUCUUCCAAUCAGCAAUUAAACAGACUGUUGCACUCCAAUCCUUUACUCAAUCUGAACUUACUUUCAAUAAAGCGAAUCAAUGAUAGAGAAUCAAUUGAUGGUUUACUAAAGGAAAUAAAUACCAGCUACAGACUUUCUUCUGUAUUUGUUAUUGGAGAGGAAAAUGAAGCUGUCGUAAAAAAUCUUUGUGUUUCUAAAGAAAGAUUCUCAUUGGUAUCCCUUAAAUCUGGUGGAGAAGCUGAAUGUGAUGCACGCUCUGCAUCCGGGAUACCUUCUUUAGCCAUUUCCACAGUUGAUAGUCUUUUAAAAUCAGAUUUAAUAGUAUCUACUCUUGAUUAUUUGAUUGCCCAGGAGAAACCAGUCAUUUACUUGUCGGAACUGAAAGCAACACAAACACAAGUACACGAUCUCACCAUGUCUGAAUACUUCCAAAGUUUGCCUAAUACAUCUGAUGACUUACUACAAUUAAUAAAUAAUGUAGAAAAAGCCACCUGGAAAGAAGUCAGAACGAGUAGUUUCAAUUCUAAAUAUGCUAGGGAAACCAAUCCUGUGUUUAUUUUAUCAACUCUCAGAAAAAGUGAAUUUGAAAAAUUUAUACCUUCAUUAUUUUAUUCAGCAUUUGAAGCAAUAAUUCCUUCAAGCUCUAAUAAUAUCACUGACAUAGCCAACCAACUUUCUCAGGAAAUCCUUAAAUUAAAGAUUAAUGAAAUUUCCCUGAUAUGCAGUGAUUGGGCUUGGUCUCUUGGAUUUAUUAUUGCUCAAAUUCUAGAGGAGCAAGAUAAAACAGUUGCCCUUAUAGUUGUGGAUUCAUCAGCUAAAAGAACUUCAAAGUCCUUAAUUCAAAAUUAUAUUUCUGCAAUGAAAUUGAAGUUGUUAAGAAAUGAAGAACCAAAAAUUUCAAAAGGUUUGCAAGUUCUAGAGAAUAGACUUGAUUUCAUGCAUUUACCAUUGGCUAAUGGUCCUCAUAUCUAUAAGGGACUCUUGCAUAUCAUAGUACCAGAUUCAGAAGAACAUUAUGACACUAGCAUAAUGGAACAGCAUUGUGAGAGACCAAUAAGAAUCCAUGCGAUUCCCUCAACUAACUUCUCUACCUUGCUGCAUGAAAAGAAGACUUCAAAGGUAAUCAAUUCGCUGGUGUUAUUUGAGCAUAAGACUGCAGGCCGAAAAGUGAAGAAACAAUAUUUUGAAAAAGGCAUUAUUGAACAUGCAUAUAAAUCAAGAGAUGGUCUACAAAGGAUUCAAUAAAGCUUUUAAUUAGUCUUAUGUAUCUUUUAAUUUCGUAUGAACCUACUAUUAAUUUAUUGAAUGUUAGAUUGUUACUAUCAAAUAUCAAACAGAUAAUAAAUUUGUGGUAUUGGCUUUAACUCAACUGAAAGUGAUCAAAAUAAAUGUACAAUAAUUAAACAAAAACUGUUGAAAAGUUGCA